AUGCUAUUUUCGGCUUUGACUACUAGUUUGCCAAAGCCACCGAAGAAAAAGCUCUCGAAGAAGGAGAAAGCGCGCUUGGAGGCCGAACAAGCUGAACUCUUGCGUAUCGAAAUGGAGAAAGAGAGACAAAGAAAACUGGAAGAGGAGCGCCAGCGAAGACAAAUCGAGUUCGAACAAGCUAAGCGCCGUCAAAAGGAGGAAAUACAAGAGAACAAAAGACGACGUGCCCAGCUGCGCAACAGCAUGAGCUUCUUCAAAGAGGUACGCGAAGUAACAAACGGCAUCAAGGCGCUGGAGCAGGAAGAACGUGAUUGGGAGCGAUUUAUGCGUUGCAAUGGACUGCCCAACGCCAACAGCCCCAGCGAUUUGCGUCGCUACAUACACCAGUGGCGCAGCGAUAUGGAGCGACGUGAGCGUGCCUCACGCAACUGGCUAUUGAACACCAACGAACGCACGCUGCUCACGCAAGAUCUCGACGCGCCGGACUUAUCGCGAAAGAGCUUGCGUCAGCGCCAAGGCAAUGCGGGCGAUGUGUAUGCGCAACGUAUACGUGAAGUGUUGGGGAUACUCGCAGAGCUCGAUGAGGCGCUGCUGGAUAAAAAGAAGCCACCGCAUAUCAUUGCCGAUCUGAUUUGUCUCAAAAUGGAAAUACGCGUGCUCUUGAGCGAACAUCUGGAUGAGUUUACUUAUAAAACAAUGUCGCACAUAGAUCGUGAUAUGGAGAGUGAUCGGCCAGGUGUCUUUACACAUAUAUAUGUGUCGGAUGUCUUCAAAAGCCACAUUUGGACUUUUUCAAAGGAUGCGCAAAUUUCCGUAAAUCCGAAAGGCCGUAUUGGUGAACAGGUUACUAGCAAUGACAUCGAAUUUCCUGCAUUAACAUUACAAAUCGCUCUGCCGAUCUCUGUGGAGUUACAAAGCUCAGCUAUGCGUGGACUUUGGUUGGACUAUGAUCACUUUAGCGACUAUUGUGACAGCUUCAAAGCAAAACGAGCACUACCCGAGCAUAUAAAUAUGCUUCGUUAUACUAAACGAGAGUGGAUUAAACGCAAAGAUAUUCUACAAAAUAUGCUCGAGGACUGCACUAAGGACAGUCCACUCUCCACCGGUGCAGCAGAUCAAGACUCAAGUUCAAUUAUUGCCAAACGUGAGCGAAGCUUUGACGUGGAUAAAAUCUAUGCUGAAUAUGAAGAGGAGCUCAGUAAAGCACGACGACGUGCAAUUGGACCGGAGAGUUACAGACUGACCGAAACCGAUGUGAACUUACGUAAAUAUCGCAUUAUAGGCGGGGUCUAUCGCAUUGACUACUUAGAGACGCCGCAGCAAGAUAAGCGCCUAAAUGAGCGUUCUUUUAUAAGAACCAUAAUUACACCAGACCACUUGAGUCAUAAGAUAUUUUACGAAAACUACAAGCCACCGCCACCACCACAACCCGGUGUACGACGUUUGCCCGAGGAAAUUGAAGCGGAGAUGCGCAUGGUUGAAGCAGCACUCGACAAAUUGGCAUUGGUCAGCUUAGACUUGCCCGACUCUGUCAUUUGGUUCGAACCACCCAUUGUUUGUCGCUGGGAGACCAACUUUGAAACGUUGGAGUCAAAUUUGACGGAUGGUGCAAAACCACCACUCGGCAAUGCCGUCAACACCACCGCCACACCUACCGAAGCCACACCACUUUCGACCACAACCAAUGCCAGUCCACUUAAGGGUUCGCCACGUUUCCCCGCUAAGCUACGUAAACGCAGCUCACAGAAGUCAACAAUCGAAACGGAAUACCUGUCAACAGUGGCUGCUGUGCGUGAGGUUACCGACUUUGACCUAUUCAACAUACCGCGCGGCAUCGAUAUUUACGGUUUGUUGCAAGAUUUUGUUGUGCCACGUCUGCCACCAGGCUUUUGUCUGCGUUGGGAGAAAUCAGCACCGGUGUUGAGUAGCAAACGGCGACAACGUGAGGGCCCAGCACAGCGUUUGAUUAUGUUGGCACGGCAUCGAAGUGUCAACAGAGCAGACGAAGCUGCCAAUGAUUCAAAAGCAUUGACGAGGACAAGUGGUGGACGUAAGAGCACACUUCAAGUGCGUCAAGAAUAUAUAACGAAUGAGUUCCUAGACUGGGAUGAGCCGCGUGAGCUUUUCCCGGAAAUGGAAAUAAAAAAGUUGAUCAAAUUUAAAGAGAACACAAGCGAUAAGCGCUCGUUUGGUUUAAGAAGUGAAGAGUUGAAGCAAAAUCAGGCGGCAAACGGCGUCAAUCAAGAUAAGCUCCAAGAGCAUGCGAAUACAAAAAAUGGUGUGGAAACAAAGCGCGUGAGCCUGAAUGGAGUUUGUGCACGAAAUGGUACAACUGGCAAUGGAAACGGCAAAACUUAUGGACACAGCAAUGGUGCCAACAAUAAGGAGCCGGUGCUUCCUAGCGCAAAAACUGGCAAUGGUCAGGCAAAUGGUAAUGGUGGCGCAGUUAGUGAUAACAGUUCUAGACGGAGUUCUAAUGAAACCGCUGAGACAGCGUCGCAAAAAAUGGAAGUAGUGGCUGUGCGGAAGACUUAUAUGUUCUCAAAAUUGCUGGAGGAUUUGGAUCAACUUGCCGAACUGCAGCUGCCGCUACAAACGGAUGCGCUCAAAAGAAUUUCGGCUAAUCUAACCUCGCCACCCGCAAACGGCUCGGCAGAAUUACGUGAUGCCGCAACCGGCGAUACAGCAGCUGCUAAUGGCCAAGAGGCUGAAAGGCUUGCGGAAGCCAUGCAACCCGCUUUCAACUACUAUCCGGGCUUUUCGUUUCUACGUGAUUUGGAUGCGAAAAAUGGCGUCGGCGAUAAUAAUAAAGACGAAACGGCCGAACUGGCAGACGGCGAAGAUGAGGAUGAAGAAAGCAGCACUGAUGAAUAUGAUGAUGAAGAUGCCUACGACGGCGACGGUUGGGAUGAUGAAGCGCUUCUUGAGAACUUUGAAGCUAGUGCGCGUAAGGACGGGUCGCCUUCGGCUGCAGCGAAUUUGAAUUCACUGCUCAAUGGUGAUGCCAAAACUUUGGGUAGUAUCAACGGCGCGGGUGGAGGCACAGCGUCAGGCGGUCUACAGCAAAUGCUCGCCAAGCAUCGGCAGAGUGAAAGUGACAGCAGUGAUGGCAAAAAAUGCAAAUCGUCGAAUCUAAUCGCACUCACACAAGGCAAGUGGAGCACACGCGACGUUCACGAUACCAAAUUUAAUGAGGAGAAGCUUUCGCUACAAUUUCGCACAGGACGCCUGGGUAUAUUUGGGCUGGCAAUGAAUCGCUACAGCAAUAUGCCGUAUCAGACGUGGGAAAUAAAACCCGAUUUUAAGAGUCCCGGUACGAUUUUCUUCAGCUUUACCGCCUCCAUUAUUAGUCUUGAUAUGAACAUCACCUCUGCGGGCUAUUGCGUUAAUAAUUUUCAAGGCGGCAGCACUCCGGCCAUCAAUGACAUGCUUGGCAGGACGCUGUCACUUGCUGAACUCAAGUCCAUACUCAUCGCCGCUGCAGUUGAUAUUUUUCCAGAGCCAGAUACAUUUUGUUACACCGAAGGUACUUGCGAGAAGAAUUUUGUGAUGGAAAUGCAUCUGUAUGCUUGUAUAUCAACGCUGGUGCAAUCGCACAACUUCAGUUGGUCACGUUGGAAUCUUUUGGCCGGCAGCCGCACGAUUGUAUUGCUCAUGCGCGAACUAAUCGAGGGCAAGAAAGUGCCCUAUCACUCCACAUUGCUGGUGACUCCUUUGAAGACCGCCAUAAUAGACUGCACUGAGGUCUCGCCGAGCUUCAAUUCAGCUGGCAUCACUGGCAUGGAGUAUUAUGCCGAUCUUUAUCAGCUGUCACAGGUUUAUGCGCUUCCUAGCAGUCUUGAGAAGCAGCGAAAUAUGGACCCGAUGCUGCGUGAAAACGUCGCGCGUAUUUUAAUGGCCAUCAGACCGUUGAGCUUUUGUUGA